ACGGGACAGUGGUGUCCCCCCGGAAGCGAUCUCCCGACCUCCGAGAGCGGCUUCCGAUCUCGCCGGAAGUGACGGACGGAGGCGGGAGCUCCCGCGACGGUGGAGGGCGAGGGCCGCCGCCACGAUGGGCCGCGAGUUUGGGCACCUGACGCGGAUGCGGCAUGUGAUCACCUACAGCUUGUCCCCGUUCGAGCAGCGCGCCUUCCCGCACUACUUCACCAACGGGAUCCCCAACGCGCUGCGCCGCAUCCGGGCGUCCGCCCUGCGCGUGGCGCCGCCGUUUGUAGUGGCCUACCUCAUCUACACAUGGGGGACCCAGGAGUUCGAGAAAUCCAAGAGGAAGAAUCCAGCUGCCUAUGAAAACGACAAAUGAGCACCUCAUCGGGAUGACGGUUCCCUGUCUCUGAAAUCUGGAAGGUUCUUCUCCGGGAGAGGAGUCUGCGUUGCAGUGUCUUGAAGACACAAUAAACUUGUAUGGGCAGGA